CUCUGCACCUCAAGGAUAACAUUUCUGUCCUUUUGAUUGGCCGCCUCACUGCUGCAAGAUUCUAACCGUCUUAUUUUGAUGAUGAAUAUGAAGGCACGCUAAGCCGGGCUGGAGCAUAGUGUCUCAGAUUCUGCGCUCCUUCCAGAGCCCAAGGACUUACAGCUUCCUCCGCUGCCUUCCUGUGCCAACAACCCCCCAAAAAGUUGUGAUGCUUUUCUUCACCCAGUGCUUUGGGGCUGUGUUAGAUCUCAUUCACCUCCGCUUUCAGCACUACAAGGCUAAACGGGUGUUCUCCGCCGCUGGGCAACUUGUCUGCGUUGUAAACCCCACACACAACCUAAAGUAUGUGUCCAGCCGACGCGCCAUCACUCAGAGUGCCCCAGAGCCAGGCAGCUUCCCCCCUCACCACGGCCCCCACCACCACCGCCAUCACCGCCCCCACCACCACCUCCGCCACCACGCCCGCCCCCACCACCUCCACCACCAGGAGGCAGGGCUGCAUGCCGCCCGGGUGAUGCCCUGCAUGUGCCCCUUGUUCUCCUGCCAGUGGGAAGGCCACCUGGAGGUGGUGGUGCCCCAUCUGCGGCAGAUGCACAGAGUGGACAUACUUCAGGGAGCCGAGAUCGUCUUCCUGGCCACAGACAUGCACCUCCCGGCACCAGCCGACUGGAUCAUCAUGCACUCCUGCCUCGGCCACCACUUUCUGCUGGUGCUUAGGAAACAGGAGAGGCAUGCAGGGCACCCCCAGUUCUUUGCCACCAUGAUGCUGAUUGGGACACCCACCCAGGCCGACUGCUUCACCUAUCGCCUGGAGCUCAACAGAAAUCACAGGCGUCUCAAAUGGGAGGCCACCCCCCGGUCUGUCCUGGAGUGCGUGGACUCGGUGAUCACUGACGGGGACUGCCUGGUCCUCAACACCUCGCUGGCCCAGCUCUUCUCUGACAACGGCAGCCUUGCUAUCGGAAUUGCUAUCACUGCGGCAACCGAGGUCUGCUCCUCAGAAGCUGAGAUGUGAAGCAAGGGGCCACUGGACGCUCACAUGCAGCCACCCCUCCACCAAGAGACUGCCUGUGCCCCUCGGAUCUCCGAAUGCCAGGGCUACAGGCUCCUUUUUAUUCUCCUCCCACCUCCCCUCCUUUCUUCCUUUCUUUUUUGUCUCAGGUACUUUGUGGUAUUUAGUAUUUGUCUGCCAUGGGCAUUAUAUUAUGUAAACAUCCUGUGAUUCAAGAUCUUGGUGUGGUGUUUGUCCUGAUUUGUUGGUACAGUUUUUUAGAACAUUUUAAAUCAGACUCAAUCGGAAUGGUUCUUUCUGGCCACCC